AUGACUGAAUCAACUGCAAAAAAAUGUCAGUCAUCUACAAAAGAUCGCCCUGUUCCAAAAGACAAAGCGCAACCAAAGCUUCGCGACAUUCCCACGUCCGACUUCUACUUUUCAGAUCGUCUUCUUAGCAACUACAUCGUACAACAAGUUCGCGACAAAACAUUUGAUGGGACCAAUUACCGUGAGCUUCCACCAAAUGAGGUCGAUGUCCUAGCUUUGAAUGAGAUAGCUGUAUCUGAAGGAGAGGGGUUCUUCUUUUUCCUACCAAAUCGCAGCAGCUGGAGCCGUCAAACUUAUGAACCGAGAAGCCGUGGGCCAACUACAGAGGAUCUGAGUUCAUUUUUACCAUCCAUGGUUUACAUUAGACACACCUGGAGCCAGCAAGGCCAGCUCAAUUACUUACAGAGUCCCCAUCGAACGCGGUAUCUAACCGCCGAUUUUCAACUCAAUCCCCCUCCAGAUCCAACACCCCUGUACUGCAUCCAGGUUGUAUCUGGUCCCCGCUACCCCAUCUAUUCUACGCCUCAUAACUCCUACAUCAUAUUGCGAUCAAAUCCUCUUUACUUUGGAAGGGCCCAGGAUAUAGAGAAAGUUAUCGGUCGACCAAAACGCCUUCCAAAAGGACCAGAAGCCAAACAGAGAUUAGCUCAAGUGCAAGGCAUAUGGCAGGAACAUGAGACACAUACUCAACUAGUACCGUUCUUGUGCCUUGACUUGAAAACUCUGUACAAAUCCAUAGUCACCGCAUGCCGCCCAUUCAAUAGCUCAUGUAGCAUGACAUCGAAAGAGCUCUUGAAUAUCCUUCCACGCCCAUCUUCCCCAGAGGUGGGGUUGGAGAUAGGCCAGCAUUAUUUACCAGUUCGAUCUCGAUUCGGCGGCCGAAUGAACCGAAAAUCACAUGCGGAAACGCAUGAGACAAAUCCUACGGGGUCUUCAUCAGCAUAG